CAUCCCCAGAGAGACUGUGCGGCCAUGGCGGCGGCAGGAGGCGACGCGGCCUACUUCCAGAGGGGCAGUCUGCCCUGGCUCACAAUUAUCAUCCUCUCCUUUGGCUACUACACAUGGGUUGUCUUCUGGCCUCAGAGUGUCCCUUAUCAGAGUCUUGGGCCCCUGGGCACCUUCACUCAGUACUUGGCGGACCACCAUCACACCCUCCUGCGCAAUGGGUAUUGGCUUGCCUGGUUGAUUCAUGUGGGAGAGUCCUUGUAUGCCAUGGUAUUGUGCAAGCAUAAAGGCAUCACAAAUGGUCAGGCUCAGCUACUCUGGUUCCUACAGACUUUCCUCUUUGGGAUAGCAUCUCUCUCCAUCUUGAUUGCUUAUAGACCGAAGCGCCAAAAACAAACUUAAAGAAGAUAUCCAAGAGCUUUCUCUACACUUUUAUAUUCAGCCUCACCUUUUUGUUGUUGUUGUUGUUGCUGCUGCUGCUGGGAAGGGGAAAGUACAGUAUUUACUCAGUGACUUUCUGUUUUCUCGAAGCUGUCCUUCAAAACCAUAUAUGA